GUGGUAUCUGGCCCGCCCCAUUCCAGCCUGAACUCCGCCCACCGCGAUCCGGAAGCCUCGCGCCCAGCGGGUUGCAGGAAAAACCCGGAGCUGAAUACACUGCCCGACUCUGGCCGCUAAGCUCAGGAGCCUGCGCAGAAGCCGUCGGAGGCGCAUGCUCUGUAGCGGUCUCCGCAGCCAGGAUUGGCGCCCGCGCGGGCCUUUGAGCCCCGCCCGCAGAGCCCCGCCCGCGAAGCCCCACCCCGGUGCGCGGGUAUGGCGGCCAGCCUCUGGAUGGGCGACCUGGAACCCUACAUGGAUGAGAACUUCAUCUCCAGAGCCUUUGCCACCAUGGGGGAGACCGUAAUGAGCGUCAAAAUUAUCCGAAACCGCCUCACUGGGAUCCCAGCUGGCUACUGCUUUGUAGAAUUCGCAGAUUUGGCCACAGCUGAGAAGUGUUUGCAUAAAAUUAAUGGGAAACCCCUUCCAGGAGCCACACCUGCGAAACGCUUUAAACUGAACUAUGCCACUUAUGGGAAACAACCAGAUAACAGCCCUGAGUAUUCCCUCUUUGUGGGGGACCUGACCCCGGAUGUGGAUGAUGGCAUGCUGUAUGAAUUCUUCGUCAAAGUCUACCCCUCCUGUCGGGGAGGCAAGGUGGUUUUGGACCAGACAGGCGUGUCUAAGGGUUAUGGUUUUGUGAAAUUCACAGAUGAACUGGAACAGAAGCGAGCCCUGACGGAGUGCCAGGGAGCAGUGGGACUGGGGUCUAAGCCUGUGCGGCUAAGCGUGGCAAUCCCUAAAGCGAGCCGUGUAAAGCCAGUGGAAUAUAGUCAGAUGUACAGUUAUAGCUACAACCAGUAUUAUCAGCAGUACCAGAACUACUAUGCUCAGUGGGGCUAUGACCAGAACACAGGCAGCUACAGCUACAGUUACCCCCAGUAUGGCUAUACCCAGAGCACCAUGCAGACAUAUGAAGAAGUUGGAGAUGAUGCAUUGGAAGACCCCAUGCCACAGCUGGAUGUGACUGAGGCCAACAAGGAGUUCAUGGAACAGAGUGAGGAGCUGUAUGACGCUCUGAUGGACUGUCACUGGCAGCCCCUGGACACAGUGUCUUCAGAGAUCCCUGCCAUGAUGUAGCCAGGCCCAAGGACAAGCCAGGCUGUACGAUGUGAGGGAGAUGAGAGACUCCUUUUUAAAAAUUGUGAAACCUUUUUGGAAAUAUGAUUUGUAAGAUUUUAAUGAUGACUGUUUCUGGAGAUCAUGAAUAUUUCUACAACACUGCUGCAUUCAUUUGACCGUUUGAGUUUGAAGACCAAGGAACAACUUUUAAACAAGGUUCAAAUUGGUUUCCUUCACAGGAAUCCUUUGUCCAGGUAGUUAUCCACUCCUGGACACAGGACAGUUGGGGAUUACCCAAAACUGGGAUGAGCAGCUUGGGAUUAAUUCACACACUAAAGCCUGAGUUCAAGGUUUCCCAGUUGACAGGUAUGUAAAUCAAGGUUCUCUGGAGUAUUUGUAGUACCUGCCAUAUUUGAGUCCUAACUUGGUGCAAGUCUGGCGGCUAGGUAGAAAGGGCACUCUAGCAGGCGUGGGAGGAGCACACCCCAGGAGGUAGAAUGUGGUGGGGUGUGAUGGAACAGGCCAGUUGACCUAAGAAUUAGUACUUGCUCUAAUAAUGGGUUUUGUCUAUUUUCAUGAGCUGCAGCAUCUGCAUAUACAAGGCCUGGAUCACCUUAGGAUCAAUAUUUUGAUAUGGGAGAAGGCAGCUCAGAAAGGUUUAAGGAAGAUAGAUAGCUCAAAGCCAAAGCAGACCUCCAUUUGAACUUUAUACUGCUCACUUCUGUGUUUCCCAAGUAAAUGGGAAACUGUCCAAUUUUGUCAUGUGUCGGGGCUUACUGUCUGAGGCAAAGCAUUCAUCCUAGAUCAUAAAAAAUCUCCAAAGAUCUCUUUAAGGGCUGGGCAUGGUGGCUCACUUUGGGAGGUGGAUUGCUUGAGCUUGGGAAGAGACCAGAUUGGUCUCUACAAAAAAAUACAAACACAAAUAUA